GGAGAGACUGCAGAGAGUGCAGAGACCGAAACGGCGCGGCGCUCGCGGGAAGCGGGGAGCGCGCCUCGCGCUCGGAACGCUCCCUCCUCCCCGCGGGAUUAUUGUUAACAACCUGUCAGUUUACAUACGAGAUACCCUUAUCUUUCGUAGAUACACACGUUUGCAGGACGAUUUGAAAAAUGUCCAACACGUUUCUGUAUUUCGCUUACGGGAGCAAUCUGUUCUCCAAGAGGAUACGUCUAUCUAAUCCGACUGCAGUAAUGAAAAACAUCGGUUACAUAAAGAAUUUUAGAUUGGAUUUUCAUCGAUAUUCUAAACGAUGGCAAGGAGCAUCUGCAACAAUUGUGGAAACAGAAAAUUCAGUCGUGUGGGGUGUUGUCUGGGAAUUGAAUAAAUGCAAUUUAGCUACGCUAGACAAACAAGAAGGUGUUCAGGAUGAUAUAUAUCAUCCGAUGACAGUGAAUGUUGAAACUCCUGAUGGCACAACUUUAACCUGUAGAGUGUACCAGCAGUGUAAUAAUCCAAAGGAAUAUAUAAAGCCAGAAAAUUAUCCAAUGGAUAGGAGGCCCUCGCCAUUAUAUCUAAAUAUGAUAUUAAGAGGAGCCGAAGAAAAUAAUCUUCCCACCGACUACAUGAAAUUCUUGAAAACUAUCCCACAUAAUGGAUACAAAGGAGAAUAUGACGUUAGCCUUUCCCUGAUUGAAAGUUGACCGUUACAACAUUUUUAUUGUACGCAUACUUUUGAUAAUACGGAUCGAGAAUCACGUAUUCCAACGCUGUAUCUGCCGUCAUUUCUUCCAACUUACAUCGUGGAAUCUUCAUUUUAAGAAAUUCUCUUUUGUUUACCUAGAUAUGUAUGGUGUAAACAUAACAAAUUAAAAAUUAAAAAAUAAAAACAGCAAUAUAAAAGUAUUAAAAACCCCACAUAUAAAAUUU